AUCUCCAUGCGCCUGGUGCCAUCAACAACAAAUGCAAUGGGGUUACACAUGCUACGGCAAUUACACCUAAGUCGGGCGAAGCUCAAGGCUUCUAGUAAGACAUCUGCACUUCUCUCAGGCUUUGCCAUGGUGGCUAUGGUAGAGGUGCAGCUAAUGAAGAAAUGUGAGAAGGGUUGUGACACUAACUGCGCGGCUGACUGCAGCAAGAUCCCUGAUCAGCUCCUCAUUGCGUUCUCUGUGUGCACCACACUCCUGGUGGCUGUACACCUCCUGGCCCUCAUGAUCUCCACCUGCAUCUUGCCCCAUGUUGAGGCUGUUGCCAGCCUGGCUCAUGUUGACUCCAUGACCAACCUUCACUCAGGCAAUCCAGGUGUCUAUGAGUCGCCCCACGUGACUAUGCGAUGGUAUAUUGAAGCUGCCUGGACAUUUUCCACAGUGCUGGGCAUCUUGUUGUUCCUAAUUGAGAUAGGUAUCCUCAGCUGGGUUAAGUUUUGGGAUUACUCACCCAGUGCUUCAAUUUUCUCAACGGUCUUGCUUGUGCCAAUUGUUUUGGUGUUCACUGGAUUUGCCUUUCACUUUUAUUACAAAUUAGUUGCCCACAAGGUUGAGAAUGCUGGGAAGAACCUUCAAGAGAUAGAAGAACAGUUGAGACAGCUUCAGCAAAGAACAAACGAAAACCAGCCAAAUGGAGCCAAUUCUUCCAUUCAAGUGGUGUGAGUGUCUUGGUUAAGGCAACAGCUUGGGAAUCAUUUCAGGAAAGAAAUUUGGCAUUUAGAUCUUGUUUCUUUAUAAAUAUUGUACAUGUGAUAUUUAGGAAUUAGAUUUUCUGCUUUGUGUGUCAUGCUUUUUUAUAUCACUUCUGUUUUCUAAGGGGAUUGUCUAAUUUGCAAGUUCUAUUCCAUUCUAUUCCUUUCAUUUUGUAUUGCAUGGUCAUUAACCCAAUGAAUAUGGGAAAAUGUUGGGUUCACUUUAGUAUUGUUUUGCUAAAUGUUUCAGAUAGAUAGAUAGCUGUGCCAGUGCUUAUCCACAAAGGAGUCAGUUAGUAGAUCUUGUGACCUCACUUUUCCUUGAAAUGGCCAUCAAUAUUGA